GGGUGCAGCAGGAGGGAGCAGAGAUGUUUGGAGGCUUUUUUUUAUAUAAAAUUAUUUAUUUAAAUAAAAAUGGCCGCCGUGCGGAGCGGAGAGGACCGACUGGAGGAGGGUCAAGAGGGGGAGGAGGGACCCGUCUACCCCCAGCCCCCCCCCAGAGAGAGGGACAGGUCCCACACCAAGAGCAAGAAGGCCCGCAGGGAGGGGCGCCAUGCCGACAGAGGGGCUGAGACCACAUCGUUAGGCCCCCCCUCAUCAGCUGGGCUGCAGCCACAGACGGCUGCGGAGUCACAGGCCGAGGCGUUGGAGCCGGUGGCAGGUCCCUCAGAGCCGGGGUCAGCACCAGGGUCCGAAUCUGCGGCUGGCAGUGAAUCUGCCGGCUCUCCGAGGCAGCGGCGCUCUAUCAUCCGGGACCGUGGGCCACUGUACGACGACCCGUCACUGCCCGAUGGCUGGACUCGCAAACUCAAACAGAGGAAGUCUGGACGCUCCGCGGGGAAGUUUGAUGUCUACCUGAUUAACUCAGAGGGAAAAGCAUUUCGAUCCAAAGUGGAACUUAUUGCCUACUUCCAGAAGGUCGGGGAUACUACCACUGACCCCAACGAUUUUGAUUUCACGGUCACCGGCCGUGGAAGCCCUUCCCGCCGCGAGAAACGCCCCCCAAAAAAACCCAAGGUGGUAAAACCAUCGGGACGAGGUCGUGGGCGACCCAAAGGCAGUGGCAAAAUGAGGCAGGCUACAGAGGGCGUGGCCAUGAAGCGUGUGGUUGAAAAAACUCCGGGCAAACUGCUGGUCAAGAUGCCCUUCAGUAAGGCAGAGUCCUCUACUGGCACCACCUCCACUGCCUCAAAGGUGGUGUCUCCUGCUAUAGUUCCAAAGUCCCGUCCUGGAAGAAAAAGGAAAUCAGAACAGGAACUUCCACCCCCACCACAGACUGCCCCCAAGAAACGGGGUAGGAAACCUGCCUCAGCUUCAGCAGCAGCAACAGUGGUCACCGCAUCCACCUCCUCUGUACCCACAGCUGAUAGCUCAACAGCUGGGAGCUACACUGCAGCUGCCAUCUUAGUUGCUGAGGCCAAACGGAGAGCAGCCAAGGAGUCCUCCACCAAACUUGUCGUCCAGGAAACAGCUCUGCCAAUCAAAAAACGCAAAACCAGAGAGACAGUGGAGGAGAGGCCGAGUGUUCAGACUCCAGCGGUUACGAAAACAGAGACUGGAAGGAGGGAUACUACAGAGGGGGAGGGCGGUACAGGAGAAGGGGCUCAAACCUCAGAGACUCAGCCCAUCCCCCCUGAGCAGAGCCAGUCACAACUACCGAAGUCGCCUGCUUCAGAUGAAAGCCAAUCACAUGGACACAAGACACAUAAAGGGAGGAAGCACAAGGAGAAAACAGGAGCAGCGGCAGGAGAUGAAGGAAGCAGAAGAGAUGAAGAGGGUGAAGAUGUAGGUGAUAAACGAGGAGAGGGAACAGGAAGGAGUAGCAGCAGCAGUAGUAGCAUUAGUCCAUCAAAAACCCACAAAAAGAAGGACCGACCUCACAAACACCACCAUCAUCAUCACCACCAUCAUCAUCGCCACCAACAGUCCUCUGCCUCCACAUUAAAUCAGCCUCCGCCUCCUGCAGCCCCUGGACAUCCAGCACCCUCCAAUCAGUCAGGAUCUGAAGUCCAGCCCCAGACUUUGCCUCUGAUCACCACCCAGCAAGCUCCUUCCAGACCACUGUCCAAAUCUGUGCCUCAGGCCUUGCCUGGACCUCGGCAUCCUCCUCCUCAAACACAGAACGAGGGCAAACCCUCUCACCAACAUGAUCCUCAGUCACCCAGUAAGCUCCUAGCCCAGCCUCCAUACCUAGCACCCCAGUCAUCUCCUACCAGGCAUGUCCUGCACCAGUCACGGCCCCAGCAGCCCCCACUCCAAACCCAUAGUCAGCCCCAGGUGCCUCCCAAAAAAGCCCAGUCACAGUCUAGCCACUCCCCAGCCCAGCAACGAACCCAGCUUCAGACUCAGCAACCUCCAACUCAGUCGCUCCCUACUCAGUCCUCAUCCCUUCUGCACGUUCAUCCGCCCCAAACAAGACCUCCACAUCCAGAAAGUCAGUCCCCAUCAGCACCCCAACCUCAAACCCUCCCCAGACCACCGCCUCAACCCCAGAACCAGCUCGGACAACAAUCUCAAUCCCAGUCCCGGCACUCAUAUGAGUCUCAACUUCAACUUCAAUCAAGGACCCCAACCCAAAUUCAGACUCAAUCCCAGUCCAGAACCAUAACCCAAAUUCCGACUCAAUCGCAGUCCAGAACCCUAACCCAAAUUCAGACUCAAGUGCAGUCCAGGACACCAACCCAAACUCAGACUCAAUCCCAGUCCAGAACACCAACCCAAACUCAGACUCAAUCCCAGUCCAGAACACCAACCCAAACUCAGACUCAAUCCCAGUCCAGAACCCCAACCCAACCUCAGACUCAAUCCCAGUCCAGAACCCCAACCCAACCUCAGACUCAAUCCCAGUCCAGAACCCCAAUCCAAACUCAGCCUCGAUUAGAGCUCAGAAGCCCAACCAUAAUGCAACCUCAAAUCCAGUCCAGAACCCCAACCCAAACUCAGCCUCAACCCCAGUCCAGGACCUCAAUGCAAACACAGUCUCAACACCAGUCCAGGAGCCCCCAAUUUCAAUCUCACCUGCAACCCAGGCAUCAAGAGCAGCCCCAGUUGCAGACAAGGCUCCCUUCAAAUGACCAACUCCAGACUCAAUACAGACCACAACCCAGACAGCUUCUCUCGCAGUCUAGGCCCGCCCAGUCCCAAGCACAACCACGCGUUCAGCAGAUUCAAACACAGCAGAAUCCCCAGUCCCACCCUCAGCUCACUAGACCCCAUGUGCAGCACCUCUCCUCCCAGCGUCAAUCUCCCAGCCUAACCAGGACCAACCUGGUUCCUGCUCAACAGAACCAGAGUGAACAGCCCCAAGACCUGAGCACCACACGUCCUGCUCGAGGAAGUCUGCUGCAGAGCCGAGAGGUCCGCGUGGAAGACAUAAGGGCAGAGGGAAGAGUGGAGCCGGCCAUGACAUCAGAAAGCAGAGAGGUUGCAGGAGGGGACAGAGGGUCAAACAGCACCUCCAGACCACCCAGCUCCAUGACUGCUGGACCUCCCGGAGCCGCUGGGGCUGUUGUUGUCCCAGGGUCAGAUGGUAGAGCCAGGCUCCAGGCAGAGCCAGAGGCAGCAGGUGAGAGCAGGGAGCUCAGAGACAUUGUCCCUCAGUCCGCGGUCCCAUGCCCUAGCCGGGAGGAAACUGUAGAGUCACGGACUGCCGUCAGCGAAAGAGUCAGCUGAUUGGUCAGACCGAUGACCGGCUGACUGAUUAUCAGACUAGUGGACUGUGUCAGCACCUGGAGGAAGAAGAGAUUCAUGGAGGUUGAAUGUUUUUACACUGUUUGUAGAUUGAAGGAUAGCGUCGCACAGAGCUGAUGGAACUGUCGCAGCUUCUGCCUGGUAUGAUCGGAGAUCCGAAUGGAGACUUUCAAGUUCUGGAUUUGAGAACCGACCUGGGCAGACGGAGGAGAGAUAGUGUCUUUUUCUAGGAAAAACAAACAAAAAGGAAAAAACGAUAAAAAAGUGUGUGUAUAGAUAAUCAAAAGGCAGCUGUUGUGUCCCGCUAGUCUCCUUGGGGAGGGGGAAGUAGUUUGGAACUAAAAACCAACGCUUAACAACACAUUACUCUGAACGAAACUUUGCUUCCAGAAUAUAACCAUUUUUUUUAUUUCGUAUUUUGAUAGUUAAUUGUUUUGUCUCUGUUAUACAGCUUUAAACUGAUAUUAUUGACUGACAGUCCCUUAUUUAAAGUCCUGCUAUUGACUGACGGUCCCUUACUGAAACUAGUCCUUGACUGAAAGCCUCAGAGGUGAUGUGGGCCGACGGUUUGCACCUUAAACUGGUUUCUUGACAUCUCACAUUUGUUUUCCUCCCUGUUCUCCAUUAAUCCCACAAUAAACAAAAAGGGGGGGGCUCAGUAAUUUCUUCCAUGCUCAUCCACACUGCCCCCUACAGGUAGCCAGUCUGGUGUACGAGUAUUUAUAUUGAAUUCAUGACUACACAGACCACAUUCUGAACAGUGUAAGUGAUCAUCGUUUGAAAUAAUUGAGCAACUUGAGGAAUUCCUUGUUCGUCUGAUCAGACUCUGAUACAGCCUCAAAUACAGAUGAGUCAUGCUUUGAUUUAAAGAAGACGUAAAAACCCCUCCGUUGUUUUGCAACUAUUUCAAACGAAUUGUUCUUCCAGUUUAGAGAUUCUUCCGAUUUCUGGUCUUCAUUGAAUAUGUUCUGGUCUUUUCAUUUCCAAAGGAAACAUUUUAAUAUCAAACCAAAUCCGCUAUUACAGUAGCUUUAUUUUAGUUUGUAUUCUUAAUGAACCAGUGGGAAAUGGACUCCUCAUUUAUCGUUUCUUUGUGUUGAACAUCUGGAACAGUUUGUACAAUCAAGCGUCUACAUGUCACUCGUAGACUCUGCAGGCCUUCAACUGGAGAAACACGUACGCAGAGGGCGACCUCGCAGAGGUUUGACUGUCAGCCAUGUUGGUGUAAACUAAAGAAAAGCCCUGGAGGAGGUGUGACGCAGCUUCACAAAACUAAUCAUCGUCCAGAAAACUAACUUUGAGUCUGUAAAUACAGAUUUGAGAGUGAAUCUGGAUUGUUUGGUGGAGUAUUUGAAACUCCAGUGGCUUUAAAGCUGGUAAACGAUGACACCUCAGCUGUGAGGCAAGUGCUGCCAGCAGUAGACAGAGAAGCAUCAGGAGAGGAUCUGCCUUGACCGGUUGGAGUAAGAUGAGAGAAGUGAGGGAGAGAGGAGAGGUGGAGAAAGAAAAAGAGAGAAACCAAUACCCCAACUGAACUUACAGACUGUUUCCAUGUUCAUCUCCAGCACUUAAACAAACGCAGCUUCACCCUUAUUAGAUAAAUGUCCCUCGUUCUUUAAAUGCUUCUUUGCUCACCUUCAUGAUGACAUCAUACAGGUGAUGUUUAGUUUGGCCUGAGGCUCCUCCCCUCUGCAUACGUGGUGCUCCAUUGUGAAUGACUCGCUUCACAGGACUCGACCCGGCACAACCACAGUAACCAGCCACCAUGUUGCAUGUUCCAGAGUUUAGUGCCUAUAAUCUUGUGCGUCUUGCCAGAAGCCACCAUGUCAGCGAAGCCAUGUUGUGUUCUUAGACUUUAGUCGUGACGUGAGGUGACGUCAUAGUUGCUGAUGUUGAGGAUGAAUAUUCUGCUUCAGUGGAAACUGUAGAAAAUCUAGUUUUUACCUGUUUUCUUAUUUUUCUUUAACUAAAGCAUUUGUGUCCCUAAUC